GGCUUGACACCUUAUGAAAAAAAGAAAUAUGUCUGGAAAAUGCUUUACAUUUACAUGCUGGGCUAUGAUGUUGAUUUUGGCCAUAUGGAGGCUAUUUCUUUAAUAUCUGCACCAAAGUAUCCUGAGAAGCAGGUGGGAUACAUUGUGACAUCUUGCUUACUCAAUGAGAACCAUGACUUCCUAAGAGUGGUUAUAAAUGCUGUACGCAAUGAUAUAAUUGGAAGAAAUGAAACCUUCCAAUGCUUGGCACUUACAAUGGUAGGAAAUAUUGGUGGGAAGGAGUUUGCUGAAUCACUAGCUCCUGAUGUCCAACGACUGCUUAUUUCAAGUAGUUGCAGACCACUAGUCAGAAAAAAGGCUGCACUAUGCCUGUUGCGUCUUUAUAGGAAGAACCCAGAUGUUGUCAAUAUAGAUGGGUGGUCGGAUUGUAUGUCACAGCUUCUUGAUGAACGUGAUUUAGGUGUAUUGACAUCUGUCAUGAGCCUUUUUGUUGCACUGGUCUCGAAUAACAAUGAAGCAUAUCGGAAUUGUCUUCCAAAAUGUGUUAAAAUUUUAGAACGAUUGGCUAGGAAUCAAGAUAUUCCACAAGAAUACACUUACUAUGGAAUUCCAUCUCCUUGGCUUCAGGUAAAGACGACGAAGGCUCUUCAGUAUUUUCCAACUGUUGAAGACCCAAACACCAGAAGAGCUUUGUUUGAGGUUCUGCAACGUAUUUUGAUGGGCACAGAUGUUGUUAAAAAUGUUAACAAGAACAAUGCAUCACAUGCCGUUCUUUUUGAAGCCCUUGCUCUGGUUAUGCACCUUGAUGCUGAAAAGGAGAUGAUGUCUCAGUGUGUGGCUUUGCUUGGGAAAUUUAUAGCUGUCCGAGAACCCAAUAUUCGAUAUCUUGGCCUAGAGAAUAUGACCAGGAUGUUGUUGAUCACAGAUGUGCAGGAUAUUAUUAAAAGACAUCAAACACAGAUCCUUACUUCUUUGAAAGAUCCUGAUAUCAGUAUUAGAAGACGUGCUCUUGAUUUGCUCUAUGGAAUGUGUGAUGUGACAAAUGCCAAGGAUAUAGUUGAGGAGUUAUUGCAGUAUCUGAGCACAGCAGAUUUUGCAAUGCGUGAAGAACUGGCACUAAAAGCUGCCAUUCUAGCAGAGAAAUUUGCCCCAGACCUCUCUUGGUAUGUUGAUGUUAUUCUUCAGUUGAUUGACAAAGCGGGAGAUUUUGUUAGUGACGACAUAUGGUAUCGUGUGGUUCAAUUUGUCACCAACAAUGAAGAUUUACAGCCAUAUGCAGCAGCCAAGGCGAGAGAGUACCUUGACAAGCCUGCUUUGCAUGAGACAAUGGUUAAGGUCAGUGCUUAUAUUCUUGGGGAGUACAGUCACCUUUUGGCCAGAAGACCUGGCUGUAGACCUAAGGAAAUUUUUGCUAUUAUAAAUGAGAAGCUUCCUAAAGUAUCAAAGCCUACGGUUGCCAUCCUUCUUUCAACUUAUGCCAAGAUAAUGAUGCACACUCAACCCCCCUAUCCAGAACUGCAGGAACAAAUCUGGGCAAUAUUCAGAAAAUAUGAGAGUUAUAUUGAUGUCGAGAUACAGCAAAGAGCAGUUGAAUAUUUUGUACUGAGUAGGAAAGGUGCAGCUUUGGUGGAUGUUUUGGCUGAAAUGCCCAAGUUUCCUGAACGACAGUCUGCUUUGCUGAAAAAGGCUGAAGAUGCUGAAGUUGAUACAGCAGAUCAAAGCGCCAUAAAACUACGGAGUCAACAACAGACGUCAAAUGCGCUGGUUGUAACUGAUCAGCAGCAUGUCAAUGGAUCUAUUCUGGGCAACCAGCUAGGCCUUGUUAAAAUGCCAAGUCAGAAAAUGGAAGCUAGUACGCACAAUCAAGGACUGACCAAAGAAAAUGGAGCUGUCAGUAAAGUUGAUCCAGAACCUACCCCAUCAGCAGAUCUUCUUGGAGACCUUUUAGGUCCUCUUGCAAUGGAGGGCCCUCCAGCUGCUCCAGUUUCAGGCGAGAAAAAUAUGAUCUCAGCAUUGGAAGCUACUCCUGAUGCUGCUGGUGCAUUAGCAUUAGCAACUGUUGGUGAUCAAUCAAACUCAGUCCAGCCAAUUGUUAAUAUUGCAGAAAGGUUUCAUGCACUGUGCCUGCAAGACAGUGGGGUGCUAUAUGAGGACCCCUACAUUCAGAUUGGCAUAAAAGCAGAGUGGCGAGCCCAUCAUGGGCAUCUUGUUCUUUUCUUAGGAAACAAGAAUACUUCACCUCUCUUGUCAGUGCGAGCUUUGAUAUUGCCUCCAUCUCAUUUAAAAAUGGAACUCUCAUUAGUACCUGAGACUAUUCCUCCUAGAGCACAGGUGCAAUGCCUGCUUGAAGUUGUAAAUCUUCGAGCAAGCAGGGAUGUUGCCGUUCUUGAUUUCUUGUAUAAAUUUGGAACUGCAGUGGUUAGUGUAAAGCUACAGCUUCCAGCUGUCUUAAAUAAGUUUUUGCGACCUAUAUCAGUCUCUGCUGAAGAGUUUUUCCCCCAGUGGAAUUCAUUGUCUGGACCACCUUUGAAGCUUCAAGAAGUGGUUAGAGGGGUAAAACCAAUGUCUCUUCUUGAAAUGGCAAACUUGUUUGCUAGCCUUCACUUGGGAGUUAUUCCAGGACUUGAUACAAAUCCAAAUAAUCUGGUUUCUUGCACUGGCUUCUAUUCAGAGGGCACUCGAGCCAUGCUUUGCCUGAUUAGAGUUGAAACAGAUCCAUCUGACAGAACCCAGCUCCGGAUAACUAUUGCAUCAGGAGAUCCAACAUUAACAUUUGAGUUGAAGGAGUUUAUCAAGGAACAUUUGGUCAACAUCCCUAUGUCAACCCAUGCCCCUGCUCCUGCUCCUGCUCCUGCUCCUGCCCCUGCUGCAGUUCCAUUACAGCCACAAUCACCUAUUACGCCUGCAGGAUAUACUGAUCCUGGUGUCAUGCUUGCUGGGUUACUUUGAUGACAUCUUAAGCGGUAGUUUCUGGAUGUGCUUAUUUAAUUUUCCAGAGAAUGCCCUUAGACCCAGCAAAAGUGGAGAGAAAAGGAUACUUGGGAGAGGACUGCAAGUGCCAGGGCUGGCGGGGCGAAGGCAAGCUUAUUGUGAUUGACAUGGUUUCUAGUUGAAUUUUCUCUGAGGAAGUGUUAAAUUCUUUGGGGCCUCUGCUCCGGGCCCUUUACAGACGAAUUAUCACGGUGUUUAAUUUUUUUCCUUCUCUUUUUUUUAUUAUAAUCCAUUUUUUUCUAAGAUCUGGUGGUCAAAUAUCUGUAAUUUGUUUAGCAGUGUAUUGGAUUCACUGUUUGCAGAAGGCCACCGUAAAUGUUUUUUCUGACAUCAGUUCCAUGCUUUUGUAUUUAUAGCAAACUGGAACGUAUUAUUGGUUUUCUCAUGGAGAUGUGUAACCUUUAUUCUCGUGCAAUGUAAUUACCCAAGAAAUAUGGGUCAUUAAUUUAUGGUA